UAACUCCACUAGUGACUUCAAUGUUCCUUCCGAAUUCAAUGAUAUACUUCCUCCAGAAUUCCAGGCACUUCCUAACUAUACACUUCACAAAUAUCCCCGCUUUCCGAUGACCAAGCUAGACGUAUUUUGUUUGAUUCGGGUUAUUCUCGGGCGGUCGUAGCUCGUAGAUCCUAUGACUCACACCAUUCCGUAUGUCAUCUAAUCUCUUACUUUUAUCUCUACAGACAUUCUUGAACCUCUGCGUUUCUGAUAUAAGUACAAGGCAAGUUUUCGUAGUACCCCAUCUCCCAAGCGUUCAUUCACACUCGCAAUGGCAAAGCUCACAUUCACUUUUGUCGCAUUAUCUCUCGCCGUCCUGGCACCCCUCGCCUCUGCUAUCGAUAUCCUCCUUUGUGAUGAUGCGUACUUCAACAACUGUGCAUGGAGGUACAAUGUCCCUACGGGCGAGUGCCUUAACACUGGUGCUAGUGCUGGCUGGGCUGGAUUUCACAACGAUGAUGUGAGCUCAUACCGUCAGGUGAACUCUGGCACCUGCGGGAAAUGCUAUUAUUUCGCCAAUGAGGAUUGUCACGGUCAAAUGUUCAACAACGGAGACUAUGAACAGAACUGGCUUGGUGCAAGUGGCAACAAUGACAAGCUCUCGUCGAUCUUUUGUUCUCAGGGUGCUUAAGGGUGCGGAGGAUCCGUUGAGCCUAGCAUCUUUGAUGAUCUACGAGAAUUAAUCGUUGAAUGUUAGACAUGUAUGCAAUCUUAUUUUAAUACGUUGUUCGACCAAGUAAGGAUGCGGCUAUCUUGUGGCGUCGGCAAGUUGUCAAGUUGUCGAUAGUAGUGGUAUCAAAUUGAAUAGUCAAGCUGAGCAUAAAGGUAGGCUAUAUUUACUGUUUAUUAUAGUCUACAUCCCGCUGCGAUAUCGAGAGGUACCCGUUGUUUGAUGAGUAGUACACCUUUCAAGUCGAUAUUCAUCAGUAUGUUGGCACUUGCAUUCUUAUCCACGUCGCCUGACUGAUGGUAAAUUCAUUCAUACAAUGGUCGCAUGAAUAGUCCAUGUAGUUAUCUAUUCCAAUGAUUAGCCGAAAGAAUACAUAAACAAAUUAAACGACUC